AUGGAACUGCCUUUGCGUGCGGCUUUAGAAAAGCUGGUCGUGGCGACUGAUUUAAAUAUGGGACAUCUAGCAACAUGGGAGAAGAAAAGGAAGGAGAAGGAAGCGAAAUUCUUUCAAGAAGCUGACAUCGGACUGAACAAAUGCAUUUCGACACGAGUCGACGAAUUCACGAACGCCGUAAACGAGAUGAACGGCGUUUACGAGAAGUUCAUACUGGACUAUGCCGGCAUCGAAGAUGAAAUUCGCAAGAUUUGGACAGAGCUACUGCGAGAACAGCAAAGGCUCCGGGUGCUAUCCGAACAGAAGCUGAACCGUGUUUCUGCGGGGGAACAAGAGCGCGAGCGGGGCCAAGUGCAGGGGAUGGCAAUUGCCAAGAAGGCGAUGGAAGACUAUACUCGACUCGUGACUGCUCUUCGGCCCUCCGAGUAA